GGUGUUCUUUAUCUAUCCAUCUCUUGGAGUUUCAUUCAGGACUCCGCCCGCUUGCAUCGCCUUCGACCAGACCCCGUUCAUCCUUCCGAAAUCCAUCCACUACCAAUGUCGAUGCGCUGGUGAGCUGAUGUGUAUGCGUUGUUGCGCGACUCGAUUUAUUCAAGAUGUCUUCUCGGGGGUCGAUCCCUCGCCGACGGCGCCGGUCUGAUGACGGCGAUCAUGACGAUGUGAGUGGUGUUAGUGAGAGAGCGUCUUCUAGGCCGAUGAGGAGUUCGCGCACGUCGUCGCAUCGCUCGGGGGAUAGUAAACGGCUCCGAUUAAGUACUGAGGAGCCUGAUGUGGAGGAUGCGGUGGUAGAGGUUGAAGAGGAAGUGGAUGAUCAUCAUUUGGGGUAUCAGGGGUCAGAGGAACUGGGUGAGGGUUCAGACGAAGGCCAGGACACCCAGGAUGAGGAGCUACAAGAGGAAGUGGUGGAAGACGGACAAGGCAGUGAGUCUACGAACAGCCAGGACGAAGAUACAGAAGAAUCUGAGGAGACAACCGAUGGAAAUUACGAGUCCGCAAGGGAUGGGACCUUGAACGAUAACGAGGCCCAAGCGGGAGCUGCAGAGGCGAUAGGAACACUGGACGAUGUAUCACAAGAAGGGAACGAUCAGGAUCCUGAAGAGUCUGAAGGCAGCGGGAACGAAACGGAAAGAUAUCAUCCUGCGAAGUCGACAGGCUCUAGGCUUUCGAACAAGAGCAACGCCGGUGCUGCAACUGCAGAGUCGACAGUGACCCGACAUGCCUCGCAGAAGGGAAUCACCCAGACGGGAAAUGCUCAUGAGGGUACUGAAGACGAUCAAGAUAGCGAUAGUGCAGAUUCAGAGAGCGCUGACCGUGACACCGAUGAAUACGUCGCGUCAAACGCAGCAGGGUCCGGUUCUAGCAAGCAUCAUAGCACCCAAUCUGCGGGAACAGAAUCGACUUUAUCGCAGAGUGGCCUGCUUUACGGAGGGCCGCAGGAAGCGUAUAAGCCAGGUGCUAUUGUGCGUAUCAGAGUGACGGAUUUCGUAACCUACACGUCUGCGGAAUUCUUCCCUGGCCCAAAGCUGAAUAUGGUUAUUGGUCCGAAUGGUACCGGAAAGAGUACCCUUGUCUGUGCGAUAUGUCUAGGUUUAGGAUGGGGUCCACAGGUACGGUAAUCUCUCGUAUACAGUAUAGCACGUGCCCUAACAGGUCUUCC